AUGCCAGAGUUCAUUUCAGGCCAUUCUGAUCUUAUAAUGUGUUACAGUAGUUUAGACCUUGCUCUGAAUGGGCCCACAACCUCUGCCUUGGUGUCCAGUACCAGUCCAACGUGGUGCCAUUGCUCCAGGGUUUCUCACCCUCCCUCUACUGCAAAAGCCUCCUCUUACCCUCAUACUGGUCUUCUCCACACCAGCCCAGGGAUGAAUACUUCUUUCAAGCAGAUUCCUUGUGUGUGGAGAGCAGUGCACCCCAGUUGCUGCUAUUGUAUCGUCUUCUUAUGUCAUGGUAUGACAUUGAUCCACAGCCUGAGGUUCUUCAUCAAGAUUCUCUGGUGGAUGAUGCUCUUGCAACCAAGAAAAUGCAUGUUCUUACUGCGAAGGUCCAUCAUAUUGAAGGCUAAGUCAUGUGACACCCCAUCCUUAUGUGGCUUCAUGGGAACUGUUGGAGGAAUCAACAUGGGCUUGAAGAAGAUGCAAGGUGACUUCUUGUGUCUUCUUCUGUCUGGCCCUGAAGACAAGACAGGCCUGGAGGUCUUGGUGCCGGAGACUGUGUCUGUGACUGAUAAAUUGUUGAAAGUUGCCCUCCAGUUUCCCAAGGAUAACUGUAAUGAGAGUGUACCAAGUAUCCUGACAGUGGGCAUGAAGAAAGUAGCAUUUCUGUUUGAUCCGCUUCUAAUACAAUGGCUGAAAUACUCCCCCAAGAAGAUUGAAUCAGAGGUUUUGAUGGAGAUGGUGUUCCUUAAAAAAAUCUCAGAAGUGCGGGAGAUUGUGAAGCCACAGAGGAAGCCCUCAGAAACAGAAUCAGAGGCCACCAAGGUAGAGUCCUCCAAUGCCACACUUUCUGAAGCAAAAACAGGAAGCAAGCUCUUUGUGCCCCAAGAAUCUCAAGUUCCGAAUGUUCAGAAGUCAUGGAAGGAGAAGUUUGUGGAGUGGUACCCAAUUCUCAGUAGACUCCUCAUUCAUGUAGAUUUGGACACUGCAACAUUGUUUCUGUCUUCUUCUCCUCUGAAUAUUGCUUCAGAGUCUGGUCUAGUCAAUGCUGUCCAUCGCACAUAUUUAACCCGUAGUGAGAGAGGGAUGCUUGGAGAUACUGUGGUGCUAUGCCUACCUCACCUAGUCCUCCACAAUGCUGCUCAGAAGCAAAGUCUCCUGCACAAUGUACAUGAUGUACCUGUUAUACUGCCAUCAGAAAUAUGGGCAACAGGGCGAGACAAAUUGCCUUGGUCUCUGAGUCUUGCUGGCUUCAGUGUGUACAGUCUUCAGGGAUCUGGCCAACAUGUGAAGCUGCAAGUUCUGAAACCUGUUAAUACAACUGCUACACUUGCCAUUUCUACUGUGUAUCAGGGACCAUCUCUCAACCAGCUUGGCCUUGUCAUACACACUGACAUGUCCCCCCUGGAUUUUUAUGGAAGCCGUUGUCAGGUUGUAGGGCAUGUCACAAUAGUAGAGAACCUGCUAAGCCUUGCCUCACUAUUCAUGGAUACAUUGCAAGAAGAGACUUCUUCCACAUCAUCAACGCCAGCCCCUCCCCCUCCUGUGAUGGAAGCCUCCUCUGUGCCCACCACUCACCCACCUCACCAGCAGUCAACACCAACAUCAGCUGUACAGCAGCCAUCCAUACAGCAGUCUAAUCUUACACAGCAGUCACCCCCAAAACAGCUUCACCACAGUAGCUCUGACCCUAAUACACUGAUGGUGACUGAGGUGGAGGAGGUUGAGGAAGAAAGAGUCCAAGUGGUGAGUGAAGCCGAGGUGCAAACGAACACAGGUCCCAUAGUCACUGUGUGGGUGCAGUGGACAGUGGCAAGAGUGUCAGCCUCACUCUAUGCAAACAGUGGACCUGAGCAGAGGAAGCUUCGGGCAGAGUUAGAGGACCUGACAACAGCCUUAGACCUUCAUAAAGUGUAUUCUAAGGUUAAAGUUAAGGUUACAUCUGUCAGUAUUCUCCACUUCACAAGAAGGAAUAAUUCAUGGGUAGCUGGUGAACAUGAAGGUGUUGUCAUGACCUGUGGGGACCAGCUGACUCAUGACCUCAAAGUUAUCAACCCUCGAAAUGGCACGGUAGACCCACACUAUCACUGUGGCAGGACCAACAACAUACCAGCAGAGCAGCCCAAACAGCAUGGAUUUGUUUCACUCACUGUCACAACAGCCCUAUGCAAGAAUAUACAGUCAUGUUGGAACUCAAUUGAUCAAGAAGCACUUAAAUGAAGAUAGGGCUCUGCCAAGUGACAGAAAUGCUGACCACUAUUUAAGUGAAGUAGACGUACGUGUUCAACCAUUUGACUGCGUCUGUUUCCCUGCUUCCUUGCAUAUUUUUGCUUCAGUGUAUGACCCUUGGCUGCAGCUGCAGGUUCC